AUGGCUCCAAAUCUUCAAGUCACCCACAUUGGCACUGCCACUGCCAUUCUGGACAUUAAUGGCGUCAAUUUCCUUACCGAUCCCUUCUUCUCUCCCGCUGGCACCUCGUGGUCUGAUGAGCGUAUCACCCUAACUGUAUCCGACGAUCCUGCCCUCAACCUCAACCAGUUACCCGUAAUUGAUGCGGUGCUACUGAGCCACGAAGACCAUUUCGACAAUCUAGACGACCUUGGCCGCCAACUACUCAAUGGGCGCCUCGUCUUCACUACCGUCGACGGCGCCAAGAAUCUGGCUCCUCGCCCUGCAGUGUAUGGAAUGAAGCCGUGGGAGAGAAUCAACAUCACAAUCGCUGGAAAAAAGUUUGAAGUGAUUGCCACUCCAACUCGACACAUUCCAGGAAUGGAGUGCACCGGAUUCAUUGUUACUGGAGAAGACUUCGGUCACGGUCGAGAUGGCCUGCCCAACGCGAUCUACUUCACCGGGGACACGGUCUACAUCGAGGAGCUCAAAGAUAUCGCAAACAUGUUUCAUAUCAAAGCGGCUGUGAUGAAUUUGGGUGAUGCUCAUGCGCCAAAUUUUGCAGAUAUAAGUGCUCCUCCUAUUCAGGCUACCAUGGACGGCAAAUCUGCGGCGCGACUUUUCCGCGAUAUCAAGGCUGAUGUUCUGAUUCCGAUGCAUUAUGAGUCUUGGGGGCAUUUUACUCAAUUUGAAGAAGGGCUGCGACAGGAUUUUGAGGAGGAAGGUAUCAGUGAUAAGAUUUGUUGGCUGAAGCCAGGGGAGGAGGUAGUGGUCUUUUAG